AUGCCUCAUUUCUGCCUUGUUGCUUCUACUUCCAUGCUCAGUGCAUCAUAUGAUGUAUCGCAAGACCUGUCCUCUGCGUUGUAUACUUCGUCCUCGACAUAUAAAUACGAAUCGGCUUCCGCGAGGAUUGACUGUCUCUCAACUACCUGUACCCAAGUUCUAAAAACGUUAGAAAUCGAACACAAGCUUAGCAUGAAGGUCUUUGCUACUCUUUUCCUCCUGGCGGCCUCUGCCACUGCAGCCCUCGCAGCUGUCCCUGCUCCCAAUGCUGGCUGCUCUCAACCGGGUCAGUACUGCAACGGCGGAACAUUCCUCUGCUGCAACAACCGUCAAUGCAAUAACAACGUGCGCGUACCAUACUCCGUGCCCGGAUACGCUCGUAAUCCCUCUUAUGCCUUCUCUCGUCAUCAUGGCCGUAAUGGCUCAAGUCAGCUUAGCAUGUCGAUCUGGGAUGCGCUAGAAGAGCUACUGGUGUCUGGGGGUGAUUGGGUUUCUUAUAAUCAAUGGGCAAAGUACGAGGCCGGGGCCAGGGUCGUGGGAACCAUACAUGAAAGGAGAGGAAUGAACGAAAUCGAUUGA